AUGCCGCUUUCUAUCUUUGUGCGGUUGAAUUUAGCUCCAUUAAAGAAGUCGACGGCGAGGUUUGCCUUAGCCGAUAAAAGUGUGAUCACGGUAACAGGAAUAGCCGAAGAUGUACUUGUGGCGAUCGAGGAUUUUGUUUUUCCGAUUGACUUUUACAUCCUUGAAAUGCCUCCAACAGAAAAUAGAAGCUCAUCCUCCGUUCUACUUGGUAGACCCUUCCUUAAGACCUCUAAAUUCAAGUUAGAUGCCUUCACCGGCACAUAUUCCUUUGAAGCUGGAGAUAAGACUAUCAAGUUCAAUUUAGAAGAAGCCAUGAAGCAUCCUCCCGAAGAGCAUUUCGUUCUUCGAUGUGAUGUAAUCGAUGAAGUGGUAGCGAAAGUGCGAGAAGAAGACCAUAACAAGUUGUGCUACCAUAUUGUUGAAGAGACGGAUGACCAAGAGGGUGAACAUGAGAAAGUUGUUGAGAAUGAACUGCGUGAGCUUGACGAAAAGGAACCUCAGCUUGAGGGAAAGAGUGAAUUGAAGCCUCUUCCAUCUCAUUUGAAGUAUGCUUUCUUAGAGGACAACCAAAAGUUUCCGGUCAAUAUUGGUAGUGAGCUUUCUAGUGAAGAAGAAGAAAAGCUCCUAGAUGUUCUUAGAAAGUACAAGAAGGCAAUUGGUUGGAGCCUAGCCGAUAUUGUGGGGAUUGACCCUCGCAAGUGCAUGCAUCGUAUAUUUCUCCAAGAGGGAGCUAGGCCGGUUAGGCAACCGCAAAGGAGGCUCAACCCGACCAUCCUCGAUGUGGUAAAGAAGGAGAUCACUAGGCUACUUGAUGCGGGUAUCAUAUACCCGAUUUCUGACAGUGAGUGGGUGAGCCCGGUCCAGGUUGUUCCCAAGAAAUCAGGCAUCACUGCGAUUAAAAACGAUGAUGGUGAAGUGUUCACCAAGUUGAAUGCCGCUACAAGGAAGGACCACUACCCUUUGCCCUUUAUCGAUCAGAUGUUGGACCAUUUGGCGGGUAAAUCCCAUUAUUGCUUUCUUGAUGGAUUCACUGGUUACUUCCAAAUUCACAUUGCUCCUGAAGAUCAGGAAAAGACCACAUUCACUUGCCCUUUUGGCACCUUUGCCUAUAAAAGGAUGCCAUUUGGACUAUGUAAUACACCUGCUACUUUUCAGCGGUGCAUGACCCGUGUCUUUUCUGAUCUAAUGGAGAGUUGUCUAGAAGUCUUUUUGGAUGACUUCAGUGUUUAUGGAACUUCAUUUGAUUGUUGCUUAGAGAAAUUGGCCAAGGUCCGCUUGUUUUUAGGACAUGCAGGAUUCUAUAGGCGCUUUAUCAAAGAUUUCAGCAAGAUUGCUGUGCCAUUGUCGCGCCUGCUCCAAAAAGAUGUGGACAUUGAGUUUGACAGUGAAUGUAUGAAAGCUUUUGAAGAGCUAAGGAGAGUUCUUACCACAGCACCGAUUGUGCGAGGCCCCAACUGGACGUUGCCAUUUGAGAUAAUGUGCGAUGCGUCAAACCAUGCUAUAAGUGUCGUGCUUGCACAGCGCGAUGGUAAACUCCCUUAUGUCAUUGCAUACUCUUCUAAAACACUUGAUACAACACAAUCCAACUAUACCACUACUGAAAAGGAACUCCUAGCUAUCAUUCAUGCUUUAGAUAAAUUCAGAUCUUAUUUGCCAGGUUCAAAGAUAGCGGUAUACACAGAUCAUGCAGCUUUGAAAUACUUAUUGUUAAAGAAUGAGUCAAAACCUAGACUCAUACGUUGGAUCUUGCUUUUGCAAGAAUUCGACAUUGAGAUUAGGGACCGGAGUGGAUCUCAAAACUUGGUUACAUAUCAUUUAAGUCGCCUUGGGAAUUUAAAAUCUGAUCCAUUUCCGAUCAAUGACUCAUUCCCAUUGGAUAGUUUGCAUGCUGUGUCGGAUAGCUUUCCAUGGUUUGCCCCAAUGGCGAACUACUUGGUAGCGAAACUCUUUCCUCCCAACUUUUCUAAACACCAAAGGGAUAAGUUGAGGAAUGAUUCCAAAUACUACGUUUGGGAUGACCCUCACUUGUGGAAGAGGGGAGUGGACCAAUGUCAGAAGUCGGGAAACAUGUCCCAAAGGGACGAGAUGCCUCAACAACCUAUGCUGUUCUGUGAGAUAUUUGAUGUAUGGGGUAUUGACUUUAUGGGACCGUUUCCCAACUCCAGUGGGUAUCUGUAUAUUCUGUUAGCGGUUGACUACGUGUCAAAGUGGGUGGAAGCAAUACCUACUCGCCUUGACGACGCCAAUACCGUCGUUUCUUUUAUUAAGAAUAACAUUGUAUGCCGUUAUGGGUCGCCACGAGCAAUCGUGAGCGACCAAGGAUCCCACUUUUGUAAUAGGAAGGUAGAGGCUUUUUUAAAGCGCUAUGGGGUAGUGCAUAAGGUUGCCACUGCUUAUCAUCUGCAAACUAACGGACAAACGGAAGUGUCCAACCGGGAGAUUAAGAGAAUCUUGGAGAAAGUGGUCAAUCCACAAAGGAAGGAUUGGCGCCUCCAGUUAGGAGAUGCACUAUGUGCGUAUAUAACGGCCUAA